AAUGGUCUCGCAUUGAAUUUUGGCCAAGAAUAAACAAAGUUUCUAUUUUUUUUACCAUCGUCUGAGGUGCAGAGAAAUUAUGAGUUUCCCUUAAACCCAAGGCACCUGGAAAGAUGAGCACUGAACGAAGCCUAUGCAAAGCCACGGCCCGGCUACAUUGUCUCACCUGUUUGGUUAAACUGGACACGGAGGAGAAGUAUGACGAAUUUAGAUCGCAGUUGAGGAUUUCACUGGGCCAAUUGCUUAAUUGGCAAUUGGAAGAGCUAAAUCAGUUGGAAAAUGAAUCCUGGUUGCCCCAGCAAAUGUGCACGAAAUGCCAACAGUUGGUGGAGAAUGUGAUGAAAUUUCAGGAAGUGGCCCUGAAAUGUUGGCAACAACUUAUGGCCCUGCUAACAGAUGACAUCAAGGAGAAGGAGCAGGCAGAGCCGCAGCCCGAGCUCCAGGAGAUGGAACAGCAGCCCACUUUUGAAGUGGUCUAUGAGCAAACAGUUAGCAAGCCAAUCCACGAUGACGACGACGGUGAUGAUGAUGAUGAUAAUGGAAAUCACUUGCCCACCGAGCGAGAUCCUGAUCCCUUUCACUCCGAACCAGAAGAUGCCAAUGCGGAAAGGCAAAACAAAUCCUCCAAAGGCAUCAUGCGCUUCAAGUGCCUAUUGUGCCGUCGCAGUUUCGCCCACAAGUUAACCCUAUCGGCUCAUAUACGCAAGGUUCAUGAGGGUAGCAAACGACCAUUCGAGUGUGAUAAAUGCGAUAAAUCCUACAGCUUUAUGGGCGGCCUCUAUACUCACAUCAAGGAGGUGCAUGAGCCAACCGAACGUCGGCAUAUCUGUGAUCAGCCCGGCUGUGCCCGUAUCUAUACCAGUUCCAUAGCCAUGCAAAGGCAUAAACGUCUCAAGCAUAGUCCACCGGCAAGACGCGGAGCCGGCAACGGAGACGCCUCCAACAGCAGCCAGCGCAAAUUCAUGUGUGAGCAGUGCGGAGCCAAUUUCAAUCAAUCGGCCAAUUUAAAGUAUCACAGACGCACCAAACAUCCCACCGAUCAGGAGGCAGCAGCAAAUGAGGAAUCCAGCCAACAGCAUUAUUGUGAACUUUGUCAGAAAUCAUUCCAUUCUCGUUACACAUUACGCUAUCAUACGAUGCAACAGCAUGGCAAUGGUCAGAAGGAGCUGCUGCCGCAUGAAUGCGAGAUCUGUGGCCGCCGCAUGGCAAAGAAGUUCAUGCUGCUCCAACACAUGUUGAUGCAUUCUCGUGACAAAUUACCCUGCGAGCAUUGCGGACGUCUCUUUGCACGCAAAUUCGAACUGGAGGCCCACAUACGGGCAGUGCAUCUCAAGCUGAAGCCAUUUACCUGUAAAUACUGCACGGAGAGCUUUGCCUCACGCAAAACUCUGCGCCAUCACGAGUACAUCCAUACGGGCGAGAAGCCCUAUGUGUGUGACACCUGUGGCCAGGCGUUUAGGCAACAGACCUGCCUUAAGAAUCAUCGCAAGGUGCACGAUAAGUAGGAGGUGAAAUAUUUAAUGUUUAAUUUGAACUCAACUAGCAGUGGCUUCGUUCUUACUGCUGACUGACUGUUUCUGCUCUCGCUCUAUGUAUGCUGGUAGAUCAUCCAAUGGCUUAAAAUAUAAAUGGACAGACUGUGAGCCAGCCAUCAUGGCCAGCAGGGCGCAGCCCAUGAAUUUCAUAUAUUGACCCCAAGAUACGCCAGCGGGCAUGAUGAUGAUUUUAUUCUGUGGUACUCUGUGGAUGUUCCUCUACGUAGUUUUUAGCCUGACGGCGCUUGAAUGUGCGAUCUGUGAAAGAGACCGGAGAUGUGGUGAGACCAAAAAUGGCUAAAGAAAUUCAAAAACUUACAGAAAUUCGUCUCGCCCACCGUCCAAUUGAUCAUGGAGAAUUCUAGGGCAGCGCCCAAGACAAAGAAUAUCGGCAAGAACCUAUAGAUGCCAAAACGUUGUUUACCCGGCCAACUGUCGAGGAAACGUCGCACGAAGCUGCUAUGGAGAUUCAUGUGGCGCCGGCGGAUUAUAUAAUGUAUUUUGCGAUUCCUCUGUCUUAAAAAAAAUGUCAAAUCAGCUGCCAAUCACCUUAUUAAUUAUUCAAACAAUCAACUGUUAUCGUUAAGAACUCUAUAUAGAUGAGCCAAAAGUUAUUAAUGUCUUAUAUAUUUUUAACAAUAAAACAGAAUUCAUAUA